AUGCCUAAUACUACGAGACGGCAAGUGGCUAUGAAAUUUAUUCAAAGGUUGGGUGAGGAGGCGGGAGAGGGCACAAGUCAGGUGCCACCUACUAAUGUAGAUCAACAUGAGCCACAGAAUGAGGCUGAUUCUCAGGCUUCCGGGGCAGUACCCCCACCACCCCCGGAAGGGCGUAGAGGAGCUAACAUACCUCCAGUCCCUCUCCCAGUUGUUCCUGAUCAGGACCUAGACAUGCGGAGUGCUGCCCAACACCAGACCCUCGGUAUUGCUGAUAGGUCCGUGAGUGCGAGAGUUCGAGACUUUAUCAACUUGGAUCCUCUAGUAUUUACAGGGGUUGAUCCUAAUGCUGACCCACAGGAUUUUCUGGAUCUUAUGCAAUGGACCUUACAAAUUAUACAUGCCACGGAUAUUGAGUCAGUGGAGUUUACUUCUUAUAGACUACGUGAUGUUGCUGUGACAUGGUUUGAGACUUGGAAGCAGACUUGGGGGCCUAAUGUGCCACCAGUGACUUGGAAGGAGUUCUUUGAGGCAUUUUUACAGCAAUAUUUGCCAAUCGAGCUUCAAAGAGCCCGACGAGAUAGGUUCUUACACUUAGAACAGGGUAAUAUGAGCGUUCGGGAAUAUAGCAUGCAGUUAAACUCUUUGGCUAGGUAUGCUCCUACGAUUGUUGCUGAUAUGCGUGAUCGGGUACACCAGUUUGUUAGUGGUUUGGAGGCACAUUUGAUAAAUGAGUGCACUACAGAUUCUCUAAACCAAGGAAUGGAUAUUGCCUGUAUUCAAGCAUAUGUACAGGGUCUAGAGGAUCGCAAGAGGCAACAACGAGCCAAUCGAGAGCAUGAUAGAGGUCAGCAGAAGAGGGUGUGGUUCGCAGGUCAGAGUUCACGUACCCCAGGUCCACAGUUUAGAGGCGAGUUCAGUCAGAUGAGGCCUCAGUUUCCUAGAUGUGAUCGAUGUGACCGAAAUCAUUUUGGACCAUGUCGCCAGGGUUUUGAUGCAUGUUAUGCAUGUGGACAGCAAGGUCAUAUUAUGAGGCAUUGUCCGAUAACAGGUGGAGGGGGUAUGGCUCAGCCGGCGGCAUCUGCAUGGGCUUCUUCUUCUUCCGUACGUCGUCCUAGGCAGAGUAUACAGACAUCAGCUGGCAGGGGUAGGGGAAGAUUUGGCGCUUCUGGUUCAAGAGAUCCUGGUUCUACAUUGUCGUAUAUCUCCCUCUUUGUUGCUAGUAAAUGGGAUAUAGAGCCUGAAUUGUUGCAUAAGUCAUUUGAGGUAUCUACGCCAAUGGAUUGCUGGACAAAGAUUGUUCGUUUUAAUUUUCCAAGUAAGACUAUUAUUGAAUGGAAAGGUGAUGUUGCAGCGCCUAAGGGAAAGUUUAUUUCUUACCUUAAAGCUCGAAGGAUGAUUUUGAAAGGGUACAUCUAUCAUUUGGUACGAGUGCAUGAUAUGGAGGUGAAAUCUCCAACUCUUCAAUUGGUUCUCGUCGUGAAUGAAUUUCCCGAUGUAUUUCCUGAUGAACUUCCUGGUCUUCCUCCAGAAAGAGAAAUCAACUUUGCUAUUGAUAUGCUUCUAGAUACUCAGCCAAUAUCUAUUCCUCAAUACAGAAUGGCUCCUGCUGAGUUAAAAGAAUUGAAAGCCCAGUUGAAGGAUCUUCUGAAUAAGGGCUUUAUCAGGCUCAACACAUCUCCCCGGGGUGCACCAGUGUUGUUUGUUCGUAAGAAGGAUGCUGGUUAUUAUUGGAGAUUUGUUGAGAACUUCUCUUUUAUUGUUGCUCCCAUGACAAAAUUGACACACAAAGCCGUUAAGUUCCAAUGGUCUGAUGCAUGUGAAAGGAGCUUUCAUGAGUUGAAGAAACGCUUAACAUCGGCACCUGUUCUAGCACUUCUUAAGGGAUCUGAAGGUUAUGUGGUAUAUUGUGAUGCAUCCAGGGUGGGAUUGGGAUGUGUUCUAAUGCAACAUGGAAAAGUUAUUGCAUAUGCUUCGAGGCAGUUGCGGAAGCACGAAUACAAUUAUCCGACUCACGAUAUUGAGUUAGCAGCCGUUAUAUUUGCCUUGAAAAUAUAG